GGAGGGGAGAAAAAGAGAGAACGCGGGGAAGGAAGCCCAGAAGGCGGACGGGAUGGCGAGGGAAGAGGAGGCUUACUACGGCAAGCACGGGACACCGCAUAAAUAUGACCCUACCUUCAAAGGCCCCAUUUAUGACAGGGGCUGCACAGAUAUCAUCUGUUGUAUCUUGCUGCUGGUUGCAAUUGGGGGCUAUGUUGCAGUGGGUAUUGUGGCAUGGACACAAGGAGAUCCCCGCAAGGUGAUUUAUCCAACAGACAGUCGUGGUCAGUUCUGUGGCCAAAAGGGGACACCCAAUGAGCAGAAGCCUUUCUUGUUCUACUUCAACAUCAUGAAAUGUGCCAGCCCUUUGGUGCUGUUGGAAUUUCAGUGUCCUACUACACAGAUCUGUGUGAGCAAGUGUCCGGAUCGCUACCUCACCUUCCUGCAAGCCUCCACUGCUGACAGCACAGGAACCAAGGAACUAAAAUAUUAUCAACAGUUUUGUGUCCCAGAGUUUACUGAUCUGAAGAAGAGCGUUCCUGAAGUGUUGAAAGAUGGUGAUUGCCCAGCCAUGCUUACACCAAGCAAGCCCUUGGCUCGUAGAUGCUUACCUGCAAUCAGCGCCAAGAAAGGUGUUAUCAUGGUUGGAAAUGCAACAACUUUUGAUGAUGGAAGUGGAAAGAAAAGGAAUGUGACAGAACUUCUGGAAGGGGCCAAAAAGGCAAAUGUCCUUCUGGAGACAAGACAAGUGGCUAUGAAGAUCUUUGAAGAUUACACUGUUUCCUGGUACUGGAUAAUAAUAGGUCUUGUGAUUUCCAUGGUGGUCAGUCUUGUAUUUAUUGUUCUGCUCCGGUUCCUGGCAGGGAUCAUGAUUUGGGUGAUGAUUGUACUGGUGAUUCUGGUGCUUGGAUAUGGAAUCUUUCAUUGUUAUAUGGAAUAUGCUAAUCUGAAAGGACAGGCUGGUUCUGAUGUCUCCUUAAUGGAACUUGGAUUCCAGACAGACUUCCGUGUCUAUCUCCACCUGAAGCAAACCUGGUUAGCUUUCAUGAUCAUCCUGUGCAUUCUGGAAGUUAUCAUUAUCCUGCUGCUUAUCUUUUUGCGCAAGAGAAUCCUCAUUGCCAUUGCACUGAUCAAGGAAGCUAGCAGGGCUAUUGGACACAUCAUGACAUCACUUCUGUUUCCUCUCUGCACUUUCUUUCUGGUGUGUCUCUGCAUUGCUUACUGGGCCAGUACUGCCGUUUUCUUGUCUACCUCUAAUGAAGCUAUCUAUAAGGUGUUCAAUGAUACAGAAUGCCAGUAUGCUGGAACAACCUGCAACCCAGAGACCUUCAGUACUUCCAACAUCACAAAACUGUGCCCCGGGGCACGUUGCCUCUUUGCCUUCUAUGGUGGUGAGACCGCCUACCACAAGUACCUCAUCAUCUUCCAGAUUUUCAAUGUUUUCAUGUUCUUUUGGCUGGCCAACUUUGUCAUUGCCCUGGGACAAGUCACACUAGCUGGCGCCUUUGCUUCCUACUACUGGGCCUUUAAGAAACCUGAUGAUAUGCCAGCAUUUCCCAUCUUCUCUUCCUUUGGCCGAGCACUCAGGUAUCACACUGGUUCACUGGCCUUUGGGUCUCUGAUUCUUGCCAUUGUCCAGGUCAUCCGAGUCAUUCUGGAGUACUUGGAUCAUAGAUUAAAAGCUUCUGAGAACAUGUUUGCCAAGUUCCUUUUGACCUGUCUCAAAUGCUGCUUCUGGUGCCUGGAGAAGUUCAUCAAGUUUUUGAACAGGAAUGCCUACAUUAUGAUUGCUAUUUACGGCACCAAUUUCUGCACUUCUGCAAGGAAUGCCUUUUUCCUGCUCAUGAGGAACAUCAUCAGGGUGGCUGUUCUGGACAAAGUCACUGAUUUCCUGUUUUUCCUUGGAAAGCUCCUAAUUGUGGGAAGUGUUGGUAUCCUUGCUUUCUUCUUUUUCACUCAGAGAAUAAAGCUGAUUCAAGACACAGCGCCAACUCUCAAUUAUUACUGGGUCCCCAUUCUGACAGUGAUUGUGGGCUCCUACCUCAUUGCACAUGGAUUUUUCAGUGUGUAUGCCAUGUGUGUAGACACACUUUUCCUCUGCUUCUGUGAAGAUCUGGAAAGGAACGAUGGAACUCCUGAGCGGCCUUAUUACAUGUCCUCUGCCUUGAGUGAAAUCCUCCUGAAGGGAAGCCUAAAAUCUUCCAAAAGUGCUGAGAGUCAAGAAUAGGGACAGUGCACCAAAUGGGAAAGGCGCAUGCAGGUGCCCCACUGCAAGCCUUCUGUGUGCAGAUGCUGUACCUUCAUGGCAACACUGGGCAAAUUUUGAUAUUCUGAGACACGAUGGGUGCUCUUGAGUCUUGCAUCAAGCAAGUGGCAGUUGGUGGUAUAUAAUUUGUUUCUGUCCAGCAGAUUUUCCAGCACCAAAGGAGAGGACCUGAAAUUGGAGGGUGAAUGUGUUUAAUGUUGAAAAAAUGCCUCAACAUGAUUGUACUGUUACUGUCUUUGUUAUAGUUGCUCCUGGUACAGAUAUCCCAUCAAUCAAAUGUACAAAGAACAACACCGAAACAAUUCAAAAUGAAGUAAAAUUAAUAUCAACAGCAGUAUAUUAACAAUUUCCAUUACAAUGGAAACUUUCAAAAACUGGACCUUUCUAGGUUCCAAUUGCCCCCUCCAUAUUCCAUGUGCAGCAUUUCAUAAGACAGUUAGCCCAGUCUAGCAACAUCUUGAGGCUUAAGAAAGCAGCUGUUUUGAAAUAAAUGAAAUGAAAGCAAAGACAAAGGCUUGCUUGCUUAAUAGUCCUUUCCUUUGGUCAAACAGAUUUUCGAAUUAGGAUACAACUGGACUGGAGUUGUAUGCAACCAGAGGCAAAAAGUGAGAUGAGAAUAAACACAAUGAGCACCAUUUCUCUUUCAAAUUAGUUUCAGCUCCUUAGAAAUCUCUUGCUUCACUUUGAGUGCUGGCUCGAACUAUUAGCAAGCCCCUUCAGGGUAAGAAGUCCUUGGAGGGGCUUCUUCUGCCUUUCUGUAUCCCUGCAUUAUAUAGAGAUGUGGUCAACAAAAGGCAUCAAAGAUUAACACAACCGUUUUAAAGGGGGAAUGCUAAAACAAAUCUGAGAUCAAGCCAGUUCUUUUCUAUUAGCAUAUUUCACAUGCAACACUUGGUGUUUUCCUACCUAUGAAUAAGAAAAGGUAUUAUCUAGAGAAGUUUAAUUUCAGAAAAGAGGCAAAGAAUAAUUUUCAAAUGUGAAUGAUAAACAGGAAAACUACCUUUGCUUUGCUAAAGACAGUUCCUGAACAAGGAAACUAUUAUUAAAAAGUUUCUUUUUAUCCCAUGGAAAGAAAAGACCUCAGAUUUCAUGGACAUGCCUGGAAUCUUUGAGAAUGGCAAGAUUUAUCCCCUCACUUUAAGACAGGGUUUUAAAAAGUCUCCCUAACCAAAUCAUCUUUGGGGAAAAAACUACAGUCUUUCCUGUUGAAUAGCAGAAGGGGCAAAUUCUCAAAUCAGAAUCCUUUUCAGUCUAAUUAUGUAUGUCUGUUGUAUGUACUUAUCUGCUCAUGGUGAGAUCUGAUCUCUACUGCAAGCAGUGGUCAAGUUCCCUUUGAUUUCCACAAGUCAGGAGUUACUCCUAUGUGUAUUUGCAUGCCUGGACUAUCAUCCUUCUGCUAGUCCUGAAGUGAUCUUUUCACAUCCCUUUGCUUGGGGGGAUUUGUGUCUCUGCAGUGGAAGACCUGGAGCGCAAUGAUGGCUCUACCGAGAAGCCUUACUUCAUGUCAUCUAACUUGAGAAAACUCCUGAAGAAGACUAAUAAACAGACAGAUGCAUG